GUUCUGGCAACGCUGCUUACCAGUCAGCUGUUUAGCCGGCAGGUUUUUCAACGAAUGUUUUCAUAACGCGUUUUCCAUUCAAAUUCAAUUGAAUUGAAUUAAUUUACAACCAAAUAUCGCUCUAAAACAUGUGGGCAAGAACAAACUACCUCUGGCGAAGUGUGGGACGUCUGCGCCGCCAAGUAUGCACGACGAUCGUUUCACCAGCGCGAAUAUUUGCGGACCGAGAGAAUCAGUUCGCCCAUGGAAUCCUGAUGGAUUCUCUCAAACCGUAUGCAAUACUGCGUCCUCGGGACUCCGCCUGGCAGGAUUUGCCCGCAUCUGAAGGCUUUAUGCGGCCACAGCCAGAUGCCAGUGCUGCCGAUCUCUAUGCGGACUUUUUAGGCCUGGUGAGGCACUGUAAUCGCAUGGAACUGAAGAUCAGCGAUAGCCGCUACGAAGCCUUUACCCGCUGCUUCUGUGAGCAGCUGCAUCGCCUUACGGAUGAACAACUUCUUGGAUCGCUUAGUGCCUUGGCCGAGCUGCCCGUACCGGAAUCGCCCAAAGCCAAGAACUACAUGGAGAUAUGGAAUACCCUGGACAUCGAGUGCUGUCGCCGCAUCGAGCGAUGGUCCAGUGAACAAUUGCUACUCGUGAGCGAUGCCUGGUAUCGUCUUGGUCUGGUCAGGAUAGGCGAGUACGUGUGGCUGGCGCUGAAAAAGCUCGGCCGCAAGCUGCGAAAGCUGCCGCCAGAACAGCUCGUUCACUCCAUGUUCCUGUGCAAUCUACUGCGCCGACCCGUCUUCGAGAUGUUCGAUUUCGAGUUGAAUCUGGCCCGCUGCGUGGAUCAAAUGACGCUGUCCGAAUUGGGCGUAAUGGCCAUGGGCUUCUUUAAGACACAGACGCCUAUCAGAAAUCCGGAGCUGCUAACGCAACUCUAUCAGCGAUUAGGCAGCGAGCUGGACACCGUGGAAGACAUUGUCCUGGUAGCGCUGCUCAAGGUGCUGCGGUACAGCAGCAAGCUGCCACAAGUGGAGCCGCUAAAGAAGAUGUUAAGCGCUCUAGAGUCGCAAGUGGAUCGCGUUUCCCUCCUCACGUGCCUGCACAUGGCUCUUCUGGGCUGUGAACUGCAAACGUGCAAUGAUGCACUGGUGGAGCGCAUACUGCUGAGAUUCGAGCGUGAGUUAGAGACUGCCCGCCUCAAGGAUAUGGAGCGAAUUUGUCUGGUAAUGGCCCUUUUCAAUAUUACAACUAAGUCGGGAGUGGAACGCCGGUUGGCGGAGAGAUUGCCCGAUUUGCUGCGCCAGCGUAUAGAGGAGAUACUGCGCCAUCCUCGUUGUUUCUCCAACUGCCUUCAGUUUCUCACAAUGCGUGGUGUUUACGAUCUUGAGCUUUUGGGCGUGGCACUGGAGCCGCGUUUCCUGAAGCAUGCGUACCCAAGCGGAUUGCCCGGGCGUGAGUACUUCCAUUUGGAUGGGUUCGCACGCCUCCUGGGGCCGGAAUACCAGGGAGCACUGGUUACCGAGAAGCAACGACAGCAGAUGGGCCGCAAUUACACGCAGUACAUCCCCGAUCGGGACGGACGCUUCAAGCUGAAUAAUACCGAUCGUAUUCUAGUGGAAAUACGGGAUGCGAUCACCAUGAUCCACCGUCCCGUGACCUUCAAGCACAUCCUGCCGCAAUACGAUCGAUGCGAUGUAGUGUUGUGCUACGACCGCCGGCAACGGAAGGCGUUGUCCAUAAAUGGUGAGGCCUGUCAGGAUUACAGCGGUGAGAUUCUCACCCGGAAGCACUUACUGGGUGAGAGAAAGGCUGCGGAUGACCAGCUGGUCACAGUGGUUAUCGUUAUUGCCGGCUGGAACAACGUAAUCCGCGAUAAGGAUCGUUUCACCGGCCAAAUGGAUAUGAAGCUAAGGCAGCUGCGGCAAUUGGGACAUCAGCCACUGGUGAUCUAUUGGCACGAGUGGCGGGAACUGGAGAACUCAGCUGACCGCCAGGACUUUCUGAAACGCCGCCUUAGCCAAAUUGCAAAAAUUUAGCAGGAAAUAAAAACGGCAAUAGAAUUGAUAUUAGUCAGUCAUUAGCAUUAUCUGAACAUUGUACAGGCACAACACUACGAUCUAUUAAUUAUCUAGAAAAAAAAGCAAUAAUUAUCGAAUAUUUAAUAAUGACCGCCCGCGGCCGACAACUACUAGCACAGCGUCUUGCUCCCGGAUCCCCGCAAUCGGACCGCAGCGGACCGUUCGUCGCGAUCCAUUGUAUGGUUGAUGCCGUCGUCAGAGGGUGGCGCUCAACGCUCGCUUGGUGUACUCGUAGACCACGAACAGGGUGGCCGUGGCUGGAAUGGUGCGCAGGACAGAUGGCAGCAGGCCGCGAUAGAGUGCCAGGACACCUUCGCGACGGACUAUGUCCGCUCCCACGGCGAACAUGCUUUCGUUGAGGUUCUUCACCUGUAUGCGACUCUUAAUUACGUCUGCAGGAAACGUCGACGUCCAGAGGCAGACGCCUCCAAUGGCGCCGGCGAUCAUCGUACGCAGUGGUCCAAUAUCAUCUUUGGAUUGAUCAUCCCUGCAAAGGAAAAUAAGAAUUAUGCCAAUGUAAAUAACUAUUUAACUUUGUCCAACAUCUUUCAUUUGAAUAGACUAACGAAGAUCGAGUUAUCUGUCCAGCUAAGGAUUUUGUUAAGAUAUUGUUGAACAAAUUCUGUAAAUGACUAAAUAUAACUAUACUGCUAAUUAGUAUGAUAACUGAAGAAGAACGAUUGUUGUUCACUCGUAAACAUUAAACUCAUUAAUCUCCUUCU